UACUUUAGUUUGGAAGUUAGUUUUAAUGAUAAAUUAAUAGUUUUAUGUAAUUUAAUCUAAUUUUAGUCCAUUUGUUAUAUAGGGUUCAUAUUUUCAUGUAAAAAAAACAAAAAAAAAAAACAACUCCAUCCAUCCAUUAUCUGUAACCGCUUAUCCUCAUCGGGGUCAUGGGAGGGCUGGAACCCAUCCCAGCUGAGGCCUCAGGUGAGAGGUGGGGUACACCCUGGACAAAUUGCUGCCUCCCCACCAAGAGACCGUAAAAUUACAAAUUUACUUUUAAAUGAAGUGACUGUUUUUUUAUUCUAGGUUUUGAAGCAUCUAUGUUUAUUCUACAGAAAUAUGGUAAUGUGUGUGCGGGUGAGAGCAGAUGGCAUUUUUCACUGUGCCUCAGCUAUCAGGCAAAUAUUGACAGGUAGAAUACAAUUCUGUAGCGAUGGAUUGAUAUUGUCUCUGUCGUAUAAAUUAGCAAAUGUAAUCCUGAAAACAAGCACCAGCUGUUUACACAUCACUGUUCACUGGGAUGAGGCUUUUAAAUCAGAGUCCUGACAUGUUGACAUGGUGAAGCUGAGUAAAUGGGCAGCCUGUAAUGCUGCCACAUAACCGGAUGAUUCACUCGCAAUCAGCCAUCAGAGUGAAACGGACUUGUGGCCAUGGGUCUGUUGUACUAUGUCAUAUUGGCAAUGUUCAAGAAAGAAGAGCUUUGAUACAGAUGUAACGAUCAGAGAGAGCUUUGUGUCAUGCAUUUCCUCUGCAAUGUCACAAUGAUUGAGGGUCAGACACAGAUCAACUCCACCGUCUUCUACAUGGUCAAGAUGGUGACCAUGAGUGUGAGCUGCACCUUGAACACCAUACUCAGUCUUCCUUUACUCCUGGUCAUCGUUCGCUCCCCAUCCCUCCUCCGACACACUCGCUUUUUUCUCCUUACACACCUCCUUCUGUGUAACAACCUCCAGCAGCUCACCUGGACAAUCAAAGCAAGUGUCUUAAGAGCCAGAGAAUGUAUGCCUGUGACCCAGUGUCUGAUCCUCUGUGCUGUUAGCCAGGCCUGCUCAUUGGUGGACCUCUUCCUGAGCACCACUCUGGCUGUGGACCGCUUGAUAGCUAUCAAGUGGCCCCUGCACUAUGAGUUCCUGAUGUGUCCCCAUCGGAAGAGGAUAAUUGUUGCAGCCAUAUGGAUCUUAUCAGCUGUGCUCCCCACUGUGCCUUUGUGUAUCAUCCUCAACACCAUCCAGUUUAAUUUUCCCAUUCCCCGCUGUCGACCCCUCUUCCUGACUCCCUGCCUGUCACAAACAUCAGCUUCGGUAUUAUAUUGCACUGUGGUGACAGCUGUGGUUCUGCCUCUCUGUUUUCUGGUCAUCUUGGGAUGCUUCUGCCUGCUCGGUUGGGACAUGCGUGCAAGCCUGCUCUGCACCAAGAGAGCAUGGGUGACUCUGACCCUCCAGAUAGCUCAGACCAUCCUCUUUUCUAUUCCUUUUGUCAUGGACAGCUACCUGAUCCCUGGCUACAUGCACAACGAUGCUUUAGAUAUAGCAACCACCCUGAUCUACAACCUGGGGUUGACACUCAUCCCUCUGGUCUAUGGCUACCGCUCACGGGAGCUGCAGCAAAGGAUACAACAAGCUGCACACAGGAACAAAAUCAGUGACCCAAAUUAGUCAUAAAGUCUGAUAAACAUAUUUUUGAGGAGCUGUUAAAACUGUAAAACUUGACAGUUGUUGCUGGAAUGAAUACUUGAUUGUUUCAAAUAAUGUGGUUGGAUGGCUGAAUCAGCAGCGUCUUCCUGUAACCAUUUCAAAGGCAAACAAUAUGUGUUUUAUUAGCAGUAACAGAAUCAGAUUAAACAUUU